UGGUGGUAUUUCCUAUGUGAUAAUCUGAAUAAACUACUACUGUUUUUUCCCCUCUUCUCAGAAUAAAUAAUUGUUGAAUUGUAAUUUGGAUUAUAUUAUAUGGAACUUUGACUAUCACAUUGUAAUAUACUUUAUUUAUAAAAUAUUAUACACUUGUAAAGAAAUAACUAUUUCCUGAGUUGUAAUUCAUACAAUAUACUUUCCAUACUACUGAUUUCCAUUGAAGACAAUAUUGAAAGUUAUACUUUAUCAAAACAAAAAAAAUAUAACGAGAAGUAUAAGAAAAAAGAAAAAAAGAAGAAAAGAAAAAAGAAGAAAAAAGAAUUAGAGGAAGAGGAAAAGAAAACAUGAUUGAAUACCAUAAGAUCAUACAAUUCUUUCUAUUGUAAUUAUUUAAUAUCUAGAUGAGAUCAUGUAAAUUUAUACAAUUUAUUAUGUUAUUGUUAUAUAUAAGAUUAGAUAUAUUCAAUUCAACAAUUUAUUCAUCAUUAUCAUUGAAUUGUAUUUCAUCUACAUUAUUAUUAUUAUGCACAUCAUCAUCCUCAUCAUCCUCAUCCUCAUCCUCAUCUUCAAAUGUAUUCGAUCCAUCCAAGUAUAAAACAUUACCAUCUAUAUCAUUGAAUACGUCCAAAGACUUGUCAUAUCAAUCAUCAAUCAACAAAAUCAAUAAUAAUAAUAAUGAUAACAACAAGAAGAAGAAGAAGAAGAAGACGAACAAUAAAACGAAUCAUCAAGGUGUAUCAUUGAAAUCAUUCAAUAAACAAAUCACUUAUAGACUUAUUGAAGAAUCUAAUAUACCACAAUUUAUUGGUAAUUUAAUUAAUGAUUUUCAAUUAACGAAUUAUUUAUUAAAUUAUAUAUUCAAUCAUUCAUUAUCAUCAAAUAAUAAUAAUCAUAAUAAUAAUAAUAAUCUAAAAAUGAAUACAAUCAAUCAAAGUAAACCAUUAUUAAGUAUUGAUUUAAUCGCUAAUCAAUAUCAAAUAAUCAAUAAUCAUCAUAAUAAUACUGAUCAUCAUCAUCAUCAUUAUAAUGAAUUGCCACGUUUAUAUUUAUUUCCAUCUAAUCAAUGGAGUUCAAAAUAUUUUCAUAUAAAUUAUUAUAAUUUAUUUAAACAAGAAUUAAUACAAAUAAAAAAAUUAGAUCGGGAUCAAUUAUGUCAUUGGGAUCAUCAUCAUAAUCCUAAUAAUCAAUUUUUUAAAGAAAUCAAUACAUGUUUAUGUUCGAUCAAUACAUGUUCAAUCAUUAAUAAUCAAUCAAAUCUAAUCAAUGAUUCAUUUAAUUUACCUUAUUGUCAAUUUACAAUUACAAUUGCUAUGAAUUUAUUAUCAAUCGGUAUAGAAUUAAUGACUAUUCAUAUACAAUUAAUUGAUUUAAAUGAUAAUUAUCCAAUAUUUCAAUUAUUUAAUAAAUAUGAAUUACAUUUUAUGGAAGAUGCAUUAAUCGGUACAAAAUAUCAAUUACCAAUAGCUAUUGACUAUGAUAUGUGUUUAUAUUCAAAUAUCACUUAUCAAUUACAAUCGAUUCCUUAUCAUGAAAUCAAUUCAAUAAUCAAUAAUAAUAAUAAUAAUAAUAAUAAUAAUAAUCAAUUGAAUCAAUCAAUCAAUUAUUUUAGUUUAAUAUUCAAUCAAUUCGAUGAUCAUAAUAGAUUAGAAAUACAAUUAGAUCAUAAUUUAGAUCGUGAACAAAUGGAUAAAUAUGAAUUGAAUUUAUUAGCUAUAGAUAAUCAUUAUCAAUUGAAUGAAAUCAAACAUACAACUACGCUACCAUUGAUUAUCUAUAUACAUGAUGUGAAUGAUUGUAAACCUGAAUUUACUAUAAUGAAAUCAAUAAUCAAUAAUAAUAAUAAUAAUAAUAAUAAUAAUAAUAAUAAUAAUAGUAAUAAUAGUAAUAGUGAUGAAGUAGUAUAUCAAUCCAAUGAACCUUUAUUGAUAGAAGUAUGUGAAGAUGUACCAAUUGGUUAUAUUGUAACAAAAUUUCAUGCAAUUGAUAAAGAUAUUGGAAAAAAUGCUGAAAUACAAUAUAGAAUAAGUCAGUAUACACAUUCUUUAACAAAAUCGUUUUUUAGACUUAAUUCUACAACUGGUGAAUUAAUAAUAAAAGAAUCAUUAGAUCGUGAAAAAUCACCUUUAUCAAAUGGUUUACAUCAAUUCAUGAUUACAGCAUAUGAUCAAGGUAUACCACAACGUAGUUCUAAUUUAUUUAUUACAAUAAAAAUAUUAGAUAUUAAUGAUAAUUAUCCAAUGAUACAUUUAAUUGAUGAAACAAAAACAUUUCAACAAUCUAAAUUCAAACAAUCACCAUGGUAUUCAAUUGAUCAAUUCAAUAAUCAUAAUCAUAAUAAUCAUAUGAUUAAAAUCAAUAAUCAAUUAAUCAAUAAAAUUUGGCAAUUUAUCGAUGAUGAUAAUCAAUCAAUCAAUAUGAGUUCUAUUAUUAAUCAAUUAAAUAAUUAUUCUAUUCAUACUAAAAUGAUUGGUAAUCAACCUAUAAAUACAAUUAUUAAUAUUUUAAUAAUAAAUGAUCCAGAUUUAAAUGAAAAUGGUACAGUUCAGUGUUUAAUUAAAAAUCAAUUAUUGAUUUAUUCAAAAAUAUAUCAGCAUAGCAACAAUUAUAUUGAUCGUCAUUAUUAUAGAAAUGAUAAACAAUCAUUUAUUUUAUUGGAGCCAUUUCAUUUCAUGAAUCCAUUUAAUGAUGAUCAACAAGAAUAUAAAGAACAAAAAAAGAAAAAAAUUCAAUUUAAUUCAUUAUUGAAUGAAAAAAUUAUAAAAAAAUCAAUAGAAGAACGUAAAACAGGAAGGAAACAAGAUGGAAUGCCGGUUACUACGACUACUAAUAAUAGUAAUAUAGAUUCAUUUUCAAAUCACAAUAAUUAUCAAUUAAGAACUAAUAUGAUAUUUGAUCCUGAUAAAAUCACUGAUUUAUAUUUACUUAUUGAAUGUUCCGAUUAUGGUUUACCAUCAUUAACAACAAUACAAACUAUACAUUUUGAAAUUAUUCAUACAUUCAAUGAUCUACAUUCCUUAUUGAAUAUUUCUCAUAUACAACUAAUAAAUCAAUUCAUUAUCCAUGAUAUAAAUUGUAAUUAUUUUAAUGAGAUACAAAAAAAUUCUAAUAAAAAAUCAAUAUUUAGUAACCAUGAUCAUUUAUCACUAUCGAAACUAAUUUAUCCAACUAUAUUGAAUCCUGUAUAUAUGGAAACUAAAUCAAGUAUUUGUUUAAUUUUAAUGAAAGGUAUACAAAUUCAUCAACAAUUAUUUAGUAUUAUAGUAAAAACAAAUUAUGAAACAAAUGAAAAUGAUCAAAUUAUAUAUGAAUUAAUUCAAGAGAUACCUAAUGAAAAUUAUUUUACUAUUAAUUCAACAUCCGGUAUAGUCAGUUUAAUAAAAGAAUUGAAUCCAUCUAGAAAAUUAAUGACAAAACAAUUAUUGAUAGAAGCAUCAAAAAUUGGUACAUUAUAUGAUUAUUCAAAAGAUCUUAAUUAUAAAAUACAAAUAUUGAUUAAUUUGACAUUGAAUUUCAAUAAGGAUUAUUCUAUGGAAAUGUUAUUAUCGAAUGAUCUAAUAAAAGAUCCUGAUCCUGAUCCUGUUCAUAAUGAUCAUGAUCAAAUAAUAAUCUAUUUACAAAUGAAUCAAUCGAAUUCAUACAUCAAGACAUAUACUAAUGAUACAUAUCAAUUUUAUAUAACAGAUUCCAUUUAUUCAGAAGAUUCAAUAUUAUCCAAGAUGAUUGUUUAUUGUAUUCAAUAUUCUUCAUCACAUAGUCAUAAUGAUCAUUUUAAUCAUCAUUGUGAAUUAACAUUAAAAGUAUAUGAUUCCUUGAUAACAAUGAAUGAACAAGAUCCAAAAGAUUUUAUUUUAAAACCGAUCCAAUUUUUCUGUAAUCUUAAUCGAUCAAAUUCAAUAUGUCAUGGUUAUCAAAUCAAUAUUAAUCAUUUUAUUGAACAUUCAUUAAAAAAUCAAUAUCUUCUAAUGAUCACACCAACUUUAAUCUCAUCAAAAUAUUCUUUUAAAUCUAUUAAAAUUAUUCUAUAUAAUAUUAAAAAUCAAUAUCCAAAUAAUCAAUGGAUUGAUAAAUCAUUUAAUGUAAUUCAAUCAAUCAAUAAACCAUUCAAUAGAAUAUUGAAUCAAAUUGGUUUAAAAUCCCCCUAUUGUAUAACCAAUAUAUCUAUAUCUUAUAAAGUGAUGAAAGAUUAUAAAAUUAUGAAAUUAAAUCAACAAAAUGAUUAUAUGAUACCACAUAGCAACAAAUUGAUUUAUAUAUUGCGUCAUAUUUGGUUACUACCCAAAAUAUAUUGGAUGGAUAAUAAUAAUAAUAAUAAUAAUAAUAAUAAUAGUAAUAAUAAUAGUAUUGAAAAAGAAAUGAAAGAUAGUUUAAAACUGUGGAAUGGUAAACCAUUUAUUUCAUUAAAUCCAUACACUGGUAUAUUAAGUGUUAGUAGACAAUUAGUGUUGAUGGAUGUAGGAGAAUACAUUUUAUACAUAGAUAUACAAGAUUAUAGUCAACCUGAAUUAUUUAAUACAACAUGUAUCAUAUUUCUUAAUAUAUUACCAACAGAACUUCAUCAAAGACCAAUUAAUGAUUUACCUGAUUCUAUAUCAUAUAAUCCUAUAUCUAGGUCUUCUCCUUAUUCAACAACAACAUCAUCAUCAUCAUCAUCAUUAUCAUCAAGUUCAUCUGUACAUUCUCCUCUGAAUCCAUCCAUAUCUAUUGACCCUCAUAAUGGUAAUAAUAAUAAUAAUAAUGUAUAUAAUUUACCGGAACAAAAUAUCAACUUUCCCAUUGGAAACAAUCAAUUCAUAAAAACAAAUAAACAUUUAUUAUUAUCUAUUAUACUUAUUACUAUAGUAAUUAUAUUCAUUAUAAUAAUAAUUAUGAUUAUUAUAAUGAUUAUUUAUCGUAAUAAAUGUAAAUCAAAAUUAAUUAAUCAAUAUAAAUCAAAUGUAAAUAUCAUUAUUGAUGAACAAAAUCAAUUAUUAUGUUUAACAUCAAAUCAUAAUGAAGAGAUACUACUUAAAUCAAUUAAUAGUAGUAGUAGUAAUAAUAAUAAUAAUAGUAACCAUAGUAAUCAUAGUAGUAGUAGUAUCAAUAUGAAUAGAAAUAGUAUAUAUAGUCAUAAUGAAAUGAAUCAUCAUUAUCAUUCAACUGAUAUCAAUCAAUUCAAUAAUGAUCUACCUAUCACAACAAAUUUCUAUUAUACAAAUGGAUUACAUCAUGAAAAUAUGGGAAAUUCAGCAAGUUCACAGGUUGGAUACAAUAUGAUUCAUGGAAAUGAACCUGUUUACAAUUGGAUGAAUAUCAUUGAAGAUGAUCAACAUUUAUCAAAUAUUCAUUAUACAUUUACUAAUCAUUCUGUUGUAAAUAAUUUUUACAAAAAUUAUGAAGAUGAAAAUCAACAGAUGACUCUAACAGAAACAACAUCAAAUAUGUAACAAAGAACAGAUUAUCAUUCUUAUCAUUAUUAUUACUCCAUUGUUAUUAUAUGUCAUUGUUAUAUUACUGAUGUAAUGAGCUUUUAUUCGUUU